UUACGUACCUGCGUCAACAUUUGAGUCAGACACUUUUCACAAUAUUCGUGUUUCUAAAGCUUUUGUUACAUGCCGUGAAAUGAAUGCUGGUUGUGUUAAACACUAGGAAAAUACCUCCGCACUUCUGUGUAGCAAGGACGUCCUUGUGUGUAGUAAGUCAACAGAUCUAUGGACAGAAGGCGCAGGGAUUACCCUACAAAUAUUUUGCUGCGGCCUGGUGACUCGCUCAACCAGAAAGACGGCUACCUUGACGACCGCGUCACUGGUGCGCUAAGUAGUCCCAAGUACCUCGGGGCUACCUGAAGUGAAAUGUGAGUUUUUGUACACAAGAGCAUGGCUACCUACUUGAGUACGUUUUUAAACCUUUGUUCCACAACAGCGAGGUGAGCAGUGAAGGUGUGCACAUGCCAAGGACCCCAAGGGCGGAGGAAUCCGACGGUUAGUUCCACUGCAUGAGGUAGCUUCAUGGAUGAGCCGACCUCCAUAUAGGACUGCAGCCCCGUCUCCGAAGUCUCGCGAUUAUUCUUGGAACAAAAACUGGAUAGACUUGUUACAUGGUUUGUCUACCUAGCUGGCUGGUGUUCAGUAUUAGUAAUAUGGAGCACUUGUCUACGGCCCACAAUGCCUGAAACGACGGACAAGGUGAAGCAGAAUCACAAGAAACCAGAGGAGUCUAACAGCACAAUGUCGGCGGAGAUCGACAAGCUGAACGAAGAGUUGAAGACUCUACGGGACAAACUAACAGAAGAGGUAGAAGAACUAAGGCAAGAGGUGAACUACAAGAGGAAGACAUAUCUUGCCCAAUCCAAGGAGCUGGACGCUUUGGUCGAGGAAGAAAGGAGGAAAAGAGAGGAAAGCCUACAAGAGAUAAAAUCUGGAUUUGAGUCCAAAGUGAAAGACAGACGACAACGUUGUGAUGAAGUCGAUAAGGAGCUCACUGCGAGGGAAGGGGACAUCGAAGAAAGGACUAGAACAUUAGAGGAAAGAGGUGCAAUUUUGCUCAGGAGGGAAGAGGAGAUAGAAAGAAGAGUAGAGCAGUGUGAGGUUAAUGACAGCCAAGUUUCCGACUGGGAGAAGGAACUAGUCGCAAGAAAAAAGGCGUGCCAAGAAUUCCAACAAGAGCUUGACGAUAUGGAGCGGUACUUAGACAAACGCCAGGACAUGUGCAACAGCAAGGAUGACGACUUGAAGUUAUUGGACGAGGAGUUAUCAAGACUACGGACGGAGUUACAGAAGAACAUAGAUUCGAUGGAAGAGGAUGCGGUUCAAGAGAAUGCAGAGGUGAUUGGCAGACUUAGAAGUGACUGGGAAGCCCUGAAAAAUAAGAGACGCGAAGCUGUAAGCAACUUGUUAAAGCAGACUGCCAGCAGGUUGAGCACGACCUCCCCAUCAGUGGUUGUAGGGAACCCAGCAGAGAAAACAGACGCGGGCAAUACCGUCCUACAGGCCGUGGUGAGGAAGUUACAGCACGACUUGCAGGAAACAGAAAACACCGUGGAGAACAGGGACCAAGAGAUCUCUGAACUAGGAAGGAAGGUGUUAUUUUUAGAGACAGAACUACAGAGGAAGGAUCAGAAAGUAAAACAGUUGGAAGCCCAGCUGACCAUUUCACUGGGAGAGAUCCGGAGAAAGGAGUCGUCCGAGAGAAAAGAGCCUUCACACAGAAAGCAUCAUGACAGAUCAGCCUCCAACACAAACGUGGGUCACCGUGCUCGAUCAGACACCUGGGGACCAGAGUCCAGGAGCAGGAGCUCCAGUCACAGGACCCAGGAGGGGGGCCACAGGUCAGAUAAGUCCUCCAGCUCCUCUGGCAGCAGACACUCCAUCAUGAAGGAGUAUGACAUGAACAGUAGUAAAGCUUGCAGCAUCAUGUAACAAGGACAUCAGGGUCUGAGCAGCAGUGUAUAUGCAUGUAUAAGGAUGUGAGGGUCUAAUGGGGAACCUGUGAACACCAUGAGUGUGUAAACACCUUUCUCGAUGUGGCAACCAUGAUAGAUCGAAAACAAUGUCAAUGAGGCAAACAGACAAACCUUUUUUCUAAAAUCAAAAUCAAUUCCCAUUUAGUUUUCCCCAAACCACACAAAUUUCCACAAUAUCGGUUUCGACCUACAUGUAUCAUGUCUGCAACGUAAAAAAGGUGUAUUAAGUCAUGGGAAUUCAAAAUAGAAACUAGCAGCACCAUUACCAAGCAGCAUCAUGUAAAGACAUCAUUUGGUUUAAUCUUCAGCCUGCUAAGGAAGCCUUUUAGCAAAUUACAUUGGUUAUCUGGUUUUGAGGCAUCAAGAUGAAACACUAGUACCAUUUCCGAGAAGCAUCGUGUUAAGUUUUUGGGGGUGUUUGUUAUAUGAAUAACAAGACAGUCCUGAUUCUGCAUAACAAAAAAAGGUUGAGUCAAUAUUAAUAAUAUUCUUGUCCAUUGUUCAAUUCAUGAUGAAACCCGACAGGUUUUAGUAGUUCCUUCAGUAAGUAGCACUUUGUGAUUAUCAUAUUGUCAGCCAUAGUUAGACUAAAUAAAUGCACUUUUAUAUAUCUUUAUGCA